GUGGAAAGUAGUUUUGUGGAUGGGGGAAGAAGAAAAAGAAGAAGAAGGGAGGGAUUAGUUAGUCAGAUGUUUUUGAAUAUAUUCUUUUGUAUCAUAAAGGCUUGCCAAAGCAUUUUUGAGUUUAGUUCUGGAUGUGGUGGAGAACCCGUUCUUAUCUCAGAGCUUACACGGCUUCAAAAAGAGAAAAAGGAGAAUUAUCUACUUCAGUUAAAUGACAUGACAUCUCAUGUCAAAACCAGUUUGGUGUUAGUGUUCAGGAUUGAAGAUUAAGUGAAGGACUUUUUUUUAACUGGAGUGAGAGGACUAUAUGUUGACCAGUUUGCAGAGGAGCCAAAUCACAACAAGCGAUGGCGUACAUGAUGUGGAUAUAUGUCGUGGUUAUACUCAUAUUAUCUGAAGCGUGGGGCAAAGUGCCAGGAUCUAAUCAAAACACAUCUGUGAUCACCAGCACUUCUCCUCCUAAAGUUCAUGUUUACAGAAACGCAUUGUUCAACCAGGGAAGGGAUGUGAACCUGACAUGCAGCGAGAGGACAUGGAAUGAGACCUUUUAUAUAAUCUGGGAAAUAAAGCUGAAAAACAAAAUCUGUAAAAUAUCCUUUAACAGUGAUGGGGGAAGUGAAGACUCCUGCAAUGACGGGAAGUCACUUCGUAACACUUCCAGCUCUCAGUCAUACCUGCACAUCUCAAAAUUCUCAAAUAACGACGUGGGGGUCUACAAAUGCCAAUCGCCUUACCGAGGAGGAACCGUGGAUGUUAUCAUCAAUGUGAAUACGACAGUUUGUCCCACUGUGACUAUGAGGGUUAAACAUGAAGACAACAAGACGGUUGCAGUGUGCAAGGCUGAAAGAGGAUAUCCUGCCGCCAACAUCAGCUGGAACUUUGCUGGGAACUGGUCUGUGGACCCUGUUUCCACAGAAGACGGACUUCUUACAGUAGAGAGUCGUCUGUUACUCCCCGAGGGAACAGACGCAGAAAACAUUAACUGUGUCGUCAGGCAUCCCUGCUGGGAAGGGGAAAAGCCUUUCAGCCUAAACCACAUACAAGGUAAUGUUCCUUGGCUGCUCAUUCUUACUGUUAUGAUAAUCACUAUGUUGGUGGCGGGACUUUUAUUUAUUGCACAAAAGAAACUAAGAAUGUUGAGGCAAUGCCAGCAGUCUGACCCCUCCUCAUCCAAAUCUUCACCAACAGAGGAUGUGGAGGAAGUGCAGCCGUACGCCAGCUAUGUUCAACGAGUGAACUCUAUCUAUAACUCAUCUGCCGAUUUGUUCACAUAAGAUUCCACACGUUACACACGCUCGUUCAAAUGCUGCAUCUGCAAAUGCGUCUCUUUCUCAUUGUGAGAAACUGAAGGCUUUGAAACUGAGAUGUGUUGAAAUAGUAAAGAGAGAUGUGAAGGUGUGAUAAACUUUGAUAAAUAUGGAGCCUAAUGACUGAUGGAACAGGGGAUGUACCCAACAGCCUCAAACUGGCUCCAAAGCACAGUACAUAAAACCAGCACCCUGUGUGUGUGGGUGUCAAGAAGAACAUUAAUACUAAUGAACUGCCGUAUAACAGAGAAUAUCAUGUUCAGCUGGACACUGAUUCUACAAAAAGACAUUUCAUUGACUGCGAUUUUUAUCUUGUUUUUUAAAGAUAUUUUUGGGGCAAUUUUAGCCUUUAUUGGACAGGACAGCUGAAGAGAGACAGGAAUUGUUGUGAGGGGAGAGUUGGGGACGACAUGCAGCAAAGGGCAGGGGUCGGAUUCAAAAACUAAGGCUGCUGCGAUGGGGACUAAAGCCUCUGUUCAUUGGGGCGCGCGACUCAACCACUAGGCCAGCCGGCAGCCCUUUUAUCACAUAUUUAAGCACCGUGUGUGAAGAGUUGUUCAUCGUUUGUUUGUUAUAUCGCUGAGGUCAAAUUAUUAAAAGGGUUAAGAAAAGAAAAAACGCUGUUAUUUAAUGAUUCAAGAUAAUUUGUGUAUUAUUUAAAGUUCUCAUGUUGUGUCUUUAUUUAUGAUUCAGUAAACACAUUAAUCAAGAAUACACCAGAACACAUUCAUCUACAUCUAUUUAAGCUCUAAAAAAAAUAAAAACCUACAUUGAUAUUCAUCAAGAAAAUCAGGUGAUCAGAUUGACUUAUUUAUUUUUCAGAUGCUGAUCACACUGUAUGUUUGCAGUUUCAUAAGUGUGGGAAGCAGUUGGCCAUGUAACCAUUGCGUUCUUUUCCUUUCAUUUCUGCCUCUUUUUUUUUUACUGUGGUUACCAUUUAUAAGAAAUGAAGGGUCAAUGUGACUUUUCCAACCUUGUAAAUUUGAGUACAAAAGCAUGUGUUAGCUGUUUAUCAUCUUCAGUUUGUCAAAUGUGUGAUGAUAAACAUUACUGAGGUAAUGACUAUUUACACUUAAGUCUUUAUUGUAGUACUCUUACAAUGAGCAUAAACUCUCUGAUGAGAGGAAGAGGAAAUGGAAACUUUUAAUAUGAAGUGUUUCUGCCAAACAAUGUCUAUUCUUGGCAAGCUACAAAUGACAGAGCAACAAGUUGUAGUAAGUUUCAUUUUUAUUGUUGGGAGCUUGAAACCCUUAUUUAGUGCGUCGAUUUUAUGGUACUAUAUAAUGUGUUUCUUCACUGAGAUUUCUUCAGUUUGAUUUCUACAAAGGGACACUGUAGAGGACCACUAUGAUGUUUUAUGUACUUAAAUAAAGAGAGCACUUAAGCUGCUUUUUUUUGCA